UGCCUGUAAAACUCCACUGUGACAUCAGAACAGAUCAUCAGAUCGGACACUGGCAUCAGGAGGAGUAGGAGAGAGGGUGGCAAGCGCUCAGAGGGAUGUGUUGGGGAGAGCAGGACUGUGACAAAGACGGUAAUUCUGAGUGAAGGACCUUGCAAGCGCUACUAAGUGGUUAUCAUGGGCUUAAUUGCGUUUCUGAAGACCCAGUUUAUAGUUCACCUCCUGAUUGGGUUUGUCUUCGUUGUGAGUGGGUUCAUCAUUAACUUCAUCCAGCUAUGCACGCUAAUCCUCUGGCCUAUAAACAAGCAGUUAUAUCGAAGAGUGAACUGCCGCCUUUCCUACUCAUUGUGGAGCCAAUUAGUGAUGCUGCUGGAAUGGUGGUCUGGUACAGAAUGCACUUUGUUCUCAGACCAGGCCACAGUUGAUAAAUUUGGAAAAGAGCAUGUCAUCAUCAUCCUGAACCAUAACUUUGAAAUAGACUUUCUGUGUGGCUGGACCAUGACAGAGCGAUUUGGCGUCUUGGGGAGUUCAAAAGUUCUUGCUAAGAAAGAGCUGUUGUACGUGCCCCUAAUUGGCUGGACAUGGUACUUCCUGGAGAUUGUUUUCUGCAAAAGGAAAUGGGAAGAAGACAGAGAGAAAGUUGUCGAAGGUCUAAAACGAUUGUCCGAUUAUCCAGAGUAUAUGUGGUUUCUUUUGUACUGUGAAGGAACUCGUUUUACAGAGACCAAGCAUCGUAUCAGUAUGGAAGUGGCAGAUUCCAAAGGAUUGCCUAAGCUCAAAUAUCACCUGUUGCCCAGAACCAAAGGUUUCACAACUGCCGUCCAGUGUCUCAGGGGAACAGUUUCAGCAGUGUACGAUGUAACGUUAAACUUCAGAGGAAACAAGAACCCCUCCUUAUUAGGAAUCCUUUAUGGGAAGAAAUACAAAGCUGAUAUGUGUGUCAGGAGGUUUCCACUAGAAGAUAUCCCUUUGGACGAAAAGGAAGCAGCAAAGUGGCUCCAUAAACUUUACCAGGAAAAGGAUGCUUUACAAGAGAAGUAUAAUCAAGAGGGUACAUUUCCUGGAGAGCAAAUCAAACCUCCCAGAAGACCAUGGACUCUCCUCAACUUCCUGUUCUGGGCCACCAUUGUCCUGUCUCCUCUUUUCAAAUUUGGUUUUGGCAUUUUUGCAAGCGGAUCUCCUCUCCUGAUUCUUUCAUUCAUGGGCUUUGUUGGAGCAGCUUCAUUUGGAGUUCGCAGACUGAUCGGCGUAACAGAAAUAGAAAAAGGCUCCAGCUACGGCAACCAAGAAUUCAAGAAAAAGAAAUAACUUCAACAGAUACAGUUCCAAACAUAUAACAAGACUAUGGUAUCAAAUUAACUUCAUUGAAAGAAAGACACUUAGAAAACUUAUCUUUUUUUUCUUAUUAACUGAUAACUACUAAUACUUGAGCCAAGACUGAAGAAAUUGGAAGAUUCAAGAGGAAGAGGAAACAAUUGACUACUUACCUGCCCAAGGAUCCCUGUGUUCAUAAGUUUGGGGAG